CAAGGAAAUCUGCAGUUUGAAGACAAAUGGCCAAACAUGCGACCGACGGUGUUGAAACUUCUCCAUCAAGAACCUGUAACCAGGGAGGAAUGGCAGGAUUUGUUUUGGUCUGUGCAUUCAGUUUGCCUGUGGGAUGAGAAAGGUGCCUCAAAGGUGCACAAGGCUCUCCACGACGACAUACUCUGGUUCAUUAAAGGAGCUCAAAAUAGAGUUCUCCUACACCAAGAUGAUUCAGCUCUGUUGAAGGCUUACAUAGCAGAGUGGAGCAAGUUUUUCACACAAUGUGAUUACCUGCCCAAACCAUUCGGUCAGUUGGAGGCCACGCUGAUUGGAAAGGGCUCUGCUCGUCCCAACAAAACUCCCGGCGAAGAAAGUAUUGUCAGAAAAUUAAUGCUGGACAGCUGGAAUCAGAGCAUCUUUUCAAACAUAAAGGACAGACUGCAGGAUAGUGCCAUGAAGUUGGUGCAUGCUGAAAGGAAUGGCGAGGCAUUCGAUACACAGCUAGUCAUUGGGGUUCGAGAAUCUUAUGUGAACCUUAGUAGUAAUUGUGAAGAUAAGCUGAAGAUAUACAAAGACAACUUCGAAAAGGCAUACAUCAGCGCUACAGAAAGCUUCUAUAAGGCUAAAGCUCUUGAAUAUAGGCAAUUAAAUGGCGUGCAGUGUUACAUGAAGUAUGCUGAUACAAAGCUGAAGGAGGAGGAGAACAGGGCAGUCAGAUAUCUGGAGAGUAGGAAGGAUUGUAAAUCUGUCGAGACGUUAGUAGCAUGUUGCGUCAAGGUGUUAGUAGCGGACCACAAAGACGAAAUAAUUGCUCAAUGCCCUUCCAUGAUACAUAUAAACGAAGUCGAUAAGCUUCGACUGAUGUUCAGUUUGCUGGAUCGCAUCGACGACGGCAUACAAGAGAUGCUGAGGUACCUGGAGGACCACAUCAAACUGCAGGGCAAAGAGGACAUGAAGGCCUCAGCUGAAAUCAUCACCACCGACUCGGAGCAAUACGUUGAAAAGUUACUGCAACUGUUCAAUAGGUUCAGCUCAUUAGUCAGAGAUGCAUUCAACGAUGAUCCAAGGUUUCUCACCUCCAGAGAUAAGGCAUUUGAAGAUAUAGUCAAUGAUACGUCAAUUUUCAAAUUAGAACUCGCUACAAAAUCAAAAGGUGUGACAAACUUGAAAUCCAUGGUUCCCGAGUCGAAAUGUCCCGAAUUGCUAGCCAACUACUGUGAUAUGCUUCUAAGGAAGACUCCUCUGAGUAAGAGGUUGACGUCUGAGGAGAUCGAAAAAAAACUCAAAGAUGUCAUAUUAGUACUAAAAUACGUGCGUAACAAAGAUGUCUUCAUGCGCUUCCACAAGACACACCUGAUCAGACGGCUUAUAUUAGAAUCGUCUGCUGAUAGCGAAAAAGAGGAGAACAUGGUUGACUGGUUGAGAGAAGUUGGAGUGCCAGCGGAUUUUGUGAACAAGUUGCAAAGAAUGUUUCAGGAUAUUAAGGUGAGUGAGGAUUUGAACCAGGAAUUCAAAGAAGUUCACAGGGAUCACAAUGAAUACAUUGCUGACUCCAUCAACAUCAAAAUCUUGAAUGCCGGCGCAUGGGCGAGAACCAGCGAUCGAAUACCCGUCACACUUCCUACAGAACUUGAAGAUUAUAUACCCGAGGUGGAAGAGUUUUACAGACAGAAGCACAGAGGUCGCAAGCUGCAUUGGCACCAUUUCAUGUCCAACGGAAUUAUAUCAUUCUCAAACAAAUCUGGAAAGUUCGACCUGGAGGUGACGACGUUUCAGAUGGCGGUCCUGUUUGCUUGGAACGAACGCCCUCUGGAGCGGAUCAGCUACGAAAGUCUCAAACUGGCAACUGAACUACCUGAUUCUGAACUCACUAAGACCUUAUUUAGUCUGGUACAGUCUCCUAAAUUGAGGAAGCAAGUUUUGCUCUGCAGUCCUGAGGCUAAAAAGCCGACAGAUAUCAACGAGAGUUGCAUGUUCUGGGUCAAUCAAAACUUCAGCGUCAUCAAAAACAACAAGCCCCAACCGCGAGGUAAAAUAAGCCUGAUUGGUCGGAUGACAUUUACCACAGACAGGGGCAAAGAGGAGGAUAGUGAUAGUAUCAUUCAGCUGAGGAUACUGAGAGUUCAGGAAGCCAUAGUGAAAAUCCUAAAGAUGCGAAAGACGAUAAGCAAUGCAGCCUUACAGACUGAACUAGUAGAGAUUCUGAAGAAUAUGUUUCUGCCUUCGAAGAAACUCAUCAAGGAGCAGAUUGAGUGGUUGAUAGAGCACAAGUACAUGCGCAGGGAUGACGAAAACAUCAACCAGUUUAUCUAUAUGGCUUAAUUCAUCUCAAUUUUAACGUUUUCUUCCAUUUUUUAUAUUUAUUUAUUUAUUUUUAUUUAUUUGUUUUUCUGUAUUUUUUUUUAUUCUGGUCGGCUGUUUUUAUCAUGAUUAUGUAUACAUAGUUUUUUUUUUGUAGAAAUUUAUUUAAAGUCUGUUGCUGUUCUUUUGUUUGUUUGUCGUUGUUGUUUUAACUUUCUUGUUGGUAGCACUUGUUAUUGUUCAUAUUAUUAUUAUUAUUGUUGUUGUUGUUGUUGUUAUUAUUAUUUUUAUUGAUUGUAUUUAUUAUUAUUGUUAUUUAUUUAUGUUUUUAUUAUUAUUUCUUAUUGACUGAGUUACAAACAAGCAAUUUACAACAAAUGAACAAUCUUAAUAAUGGAUUGAUGUAAACAAUAUUUCAAUGAAUUUAGUGUGGCUUUCAGUUUGACAAAGAGACCCGUUAUAAUCAGCACUUCCUUCAUUUUAUUUGCUUUUCCGAUUUUUUCCCAAUUUAUUUUUUAAUUAAUCUUCUGAUUUCUAUAAUUCAUCAAACCAGUAUUCAUAUUAUUUCAACGAGGUGUACAUUUACUGGCAACGAUCUGA